UGCAGGCUUCACAACCACCUCUCUCGCUUUCUUAGAACUCUUUUUCUUUUUUUAAAUAAUCAUGCAAUGAUGAUUCGGUGCAUUUAUAAUUUCAGAUAUGACUGUUUUUUAUGUGUUUGAUAAUUUGCUACAGUAUUUGAUUUACAUUUCAGAGGUGAUUUCUGUAGAAAAUUUUAUUUAUGUUAGGAAGAUGCAGCUCAUUAUGUUUUCAAAGAUUGCUAUCCUUAGAAUUAUAGAGAGAGUCUCUUGCAAAAUAAUGGAAAAUUUUAUAAAUUUGUCAUCAGAAACUGAAAAUAAAAAGAAAAUUCAAGCAUAUCAUAAGCAAUUUACCGAUUGUAUUUCACGGUAUACUUAUUCCCUUUGAAGGACUAAGGAACUUUAUGCUGCUUAAAUAAAAUUUAUGAUCAUGGAUUGAUCAAAAUUUUCAUCAUUCCAUUUGCUGUGCUUUUUAUGAGUUAUUUUACAAGGUUUAUAAAUAGUCAAAUUACCCUUUUUUCCUAUCAGAGUAUUGUAUAAAGGAACUGAGCAAGAAUUCUUAGACAUGAUCGGAAAUUAGAAGUAAUUUUAAAGAUCAAGGACUAUAAUUAAAAAUUUUAAGCUGGCUAAUUGUAUUAAAUUCUCUACUAAUCAAAAGUUGCUUUUCAGAUGAAUAGUUAAUCAAUUUAUGCAGAAUCAAUCAAGGUUGAAGGCAGCUAAUUAACUGCAAACCAUUUUUUAACCCUGCGAUUGAGAAGAAACACCUUCAUGUUCCUGUAUGACCAUUGUUUCUGAGAAGAUCAACUUCACUGUUAUGCAACAGAGCUUUACUUAAAUGCGGUUUGCUUCCAUUAGUUAGAACUCUUUAUUCAGAAAGAAUAAAAACAUUUAAUUUAAAUGAGCAAUCUUAAGCUGGGAGUAGAAGUUGUCAGUGCUCAUGACCUCAAUCCAAAGGAUGGCCAUGGCUCCUGUAAUCCCUGCGUUGAGCUCCAUUUUGAUGGCCAGAAGUUUCGAACCACUGUCAAAGAGAACGACCUCAAUCCUUAUUGGAAUGAGCUGUUCUACUUCAGCAUCUCUGAUCCCUCUUCCCUCCAUAAUUUAGCUCUCCAGGCAUUUGUCUACCAUGUAAACAAAAGCGCUCGAUCCAAGACUGCUAUAGGUAAGGUCCAGAUUUCUGGCACCUCAUUUGUCCCCCAAUCAGAUGCGGCUGUCCUCUACUAUCCCUUGGAGAAGAACAACGUGUUUUCUAGUGCAAAAGGAGAGCUUGGGCUCAAAACAUUUUUAAUUGAUGAUCCCUCUUUGAGGUCUUCCACUCCUCUCCCUGAUACUGAAUUCUUUCAAGAUUAUCAGUCUGAAGAUGGAAUUCCAUUUCCAAAUUCAACUUCUAGAUAUAGAGAAAGCCGACCAGAUUCAACAAAUACAUUCCAUCACCUCCCAAGAGAGGAAAGCCAGCAUAACUCUUCCGUUUUCACAGUUGAUGAGAUGAAGUCAGCUCCUCAAACACAAGCAAGAUUUUUCUCUCCUUCUUCUUCACAACAGCCAUUUGAGUUCCAGCUCAAAGAGACAAGACCAAUACUUGGAGGAGGACAGGUUGUAGGAGGUAGAGUGAUCCCCGGAGAGAAGCCAACCAGCACAUAUGAUCUUGUUGAGAAAGUUGAGUAUCUCUUUGUUCGGGUUGUAAAAGCUCGAGAUUUACCAUCCAAGGACAUCACAGGAAGCCUUGAUCCCUAUGUAGAGCUGAGACUUGGAAACAACAGAGCGAGAACCAGACACUUCGUGAAGAAUCAAAACCCAGAGUGGGAUGAAGUUUUCGCCUUUCCCAUCGAGCGGCUUCAAUCUUCAGUCCUUGAAGUUUUGGUUAAAGACAAGGAUGUUAUCAAAGAUGAUUUUGUUGGAAUGGUGACCUUUAAUCUUACGGAUCUCCCUCGACGAGCACCUCCUGAUAGUCCAUUGGCUCCAGAGUGGCACUGGAUGGCUGAUGAGAAGGGAGGAAAGGCGAAAGGAGAGCUUAUGUUAGCAGCAUGGAUUGGAACUCAAGCUGAUGAGUGCUUUUCCAUUGCUUCACAUACAGAUUCAACGGCAGGACCAACUGGUUCUUUACUCAAUUCACAGAUUAGAUCAAAGGUUUAUCAUUCACCAAGGCUUUGGUAUGUCAGAGUUAAUAUCAUUGAAGCACAGGACAUCAUAAUAGCUGACAAAACAAGGUUUCCAGAAGUGUUCGUGAGGUGUCAGAUUGGAACUCAGGUUUUCAAAACCAAGCCAAUCCAGGCAAGGACUAUGAGCCCUUUAUGGAAUGAGGAAUUCAUGUUUGUUGCUGCAGAGCCAUUUGAAGAAACCUUGCUUCUCACAGUAUUUGAUCGUGUUGCUUCAAACAAAGAAGAAAUCAUUGGUCGAGUUCAAAUACCACUUGCCACUGUAGAGAAGCGUUGGGAUAAUAGAGAAAUUGACACAAAGUGGUACAUUCUGGAUAAGCAUGGUGUAACUGAAGAAGACAAGGAAAAGAAAAAAGACAAGUUUUCCAGCAGACUUCAUUUAAGAAUCUGCCUUGAUGGUGGCUACCAUGUGCUUGAUGAAUCAACUCAUUACAGCAGUGAUCUAAGACCAACAGCUAAGCAGCUAUGGAGGCCAUCAAUUGGGUUACUUGAGCUCGGAAUCCUAAAUGCUGAUGGUCUCCAACCCAUGAAGACAAGAGAACGGAAAGGCAGCUGUGACACUUACUGUGUGGCUAAGUAUGGCCAGAAAUGGGUUCGAACUCGCACUGUGUUAAACAACUUAAGCCCAAGAUACAACGAGCAAUACACAUGGGAGGUUUAUGACAAUGCCACUGUUCUCACAGUGGCUGUGUUUGAUAAUUCCCAGCUUGAAAAGGGCGGUGAUGAAAACAAAGAUGCCAGAAUUGGCAAAGUCAGGAUUAGACUCUCAACUCUUGAGACAGGGAGAGUUUAUACUCAUUCAUAUCCUCUCCUUGUUCUUCAUAACUCUGGCUUGAAGAAAAUGGGUGAGCUUCAUCUAGCAAUCAGGUUCUCAUCAACAUCACUUCUCAACACAAUGUUAAUAUACACCAAGCCACUACUGCCAAAAUUACAUUACCUUCAGCCAAUAUCCAUGAUGCAGCUCGAAAUUCUUCGCAACCAUGCAGUCCAGAUUGUGGCUUUAAGGCUAAGUAGAAUGGAACCACCAUUGAGAAAGGAAGUUGUAGAGUACAUGUCAGAUGUGGAAUCACAUCUAUGGAGCAUGAGGAGAAGCAAAGCCAACUUCUCUCGGCUCAUGUCGGUUUUCUCUGGAAUAAUUGCUGUUGGAAGAUGGUUCAGUGAUGUUUGUUACUGGAAAAAUCCUUUAACAACUGUGCUGGUUCAUAUCCUGUUUGUAAUGCUUGUUUGCUUCCCUGAGCUUAUAGUGCCAACGAUUUUCCUUUAUUCCUUUCUGAUUGGAAUGUGGAAUUAUAGACUCCGGCCACGCCAUCCUCCGCAUAUGGACACAAAGAUUUCACGGGCUGAUUCAGUGCAUCCUGAUGAGCUUGAUGAGGAAUUUGAUUCAUUUCCUACUACCAGAAGUCCGGAUUUGGUAAGGAUGAGAUAUGACAGGCUGAGGAGUGUGGCGGGGAGAAUACAGACAGUUGUGGGGGAUAUUGCGACUCAAGGGGAAAGAUUGCAGAUGUUGUUGAACUGGAGAGAUCCAAGAGCAACGGCUAUAUUUUUGGUGUUUUGUGUUUGUACAGCAAUGGUUCUUUAUGUUACUCCAUUCUCAGUGUUGGUUGUGGUUUCUGGUUUUUAUAUGAUGAGACAUCCGAGGUUCAGGCAUAAAAUGCCAUCUGCAACCAUAAACUUCUUCAGGAGAUUGCCUGCAAGAACAGAUUCUAUGUUGUGAGAUGGAAUUUUGAUUGAAGAAGCUUCUAUUAUCAGUUUAGCUGUUUUUUUCUUAAACUAAUUUAAAUUGAUGGCUUUCUAUGUUGUUUCCAUCAGAUGAUCUGGAACAACUAUGGUGGCAUAUAACUGUAGAAUUUCAUUGCAAGAACAAGUUAAGUUCCGAUGAAAGAAUUUCUUAUGCAAAUUUAGUAUAUGCAGAUCAAUCUUAUUUUGGCGAGUUUUUUU